AUGUCCGAAUUUGAAAAUGUUCUGAAACAGCUCAGGUCCUUUGGGCCGUAUCAGAGGAGGGUCUUUGUUUUAGUCAGCAUGUUUGAAACCCCAGCAGCAUGGGCAAUGCUCCUUCCUAUUUUUCUCAAUGUUGUUCCAAAACAGCAAUGUGUAGAACCCCUUGAUACAAACGCUACAGAGACCUCGCUGGACACAAACAUUACAACUAAGCUUUGUAUGGGGAGUGGAGACUUGCGUCCUGGUGUUAUGUUUUGUGAGGACAUCCAAUCAAUUGUCAGUGAGUGGUCACUCGUGUGUAACAUGGACUGGGUCCCCAGCACUAUCACUACAAUCCAGAUGUGUGGUCUACUAGUGGGCGCUCUUGUGAUGGGACAGUUGGCGGACAUCUUUGGUCGCAGGAAGCUACUGUAUAUUGCCUAUUCUCUGCUGCUAGCCUUCUCACUAGGCAGUGCAUUUGCCAAUUCCUGGCAGUUGUUUGCUGCUUUUAGAUUCUUUAUCGGUGCUCUUGUUGGAAGUGUGAUGGUAGUGAAUUUUGUGCUGCCUCUGGAGUUUGUGACCCCCUCUUGGAGGACUUUCUGUGGGUGUGUGGGAUUCUGGGCUGUGGGGUUAAUGACCCUAGCAAUCUGGGGGUACUUCAUCACUAACUGGAGAUACCUUAUAAUAGGGACAUCAACUACAGGAAUCUUCAUGCUUUUGUCAUGGUGGUUUGUCCCAGAGAGCCCAAGAUGGUUGUUAAGCAAAGGCAGGUUCAAAGAAGCAGAGGACAUCUUGAAGGAGAUAGCUAAAUACAACAACUUAAGUUUACCUGAUCUGACAGCAUUACAAAAGGCAUCUGAGAUCACUGGGGCGAUUUCAACCAAACUUGGCACAAAGCAUCCUUGGGUGAAUGGAAUUCAAGUCAGAAGUAGACCUGAGAAGCGACACAAAAACUUCAGUUACUGGCAUAUAUUUCAGACGUGGGACAUGUCUAAAAAUUCACUUAUUGUAAUGUAUGGCUGGUUUGUGUCCAGUUCAGUUUAUUAUGGGUUAAAUUUCAAUACCAGCAACUUGGCAGGGAAUCUUCAUCUGAAUGUAUUCAUUUCGGGUUUGGUAGAAAUUCCAGCCCUAGUUUACGUAGUAGCAUUAAACAAUCGAGUUGGUCGGAGGAAAAUCACGCUGUCUCUGAUGCUGUUGGCAGGAGUCUCAUGUUUAGCAGUUCUAGGUAUUACUUUAAUUGAUGAAUCUCAAACUGUCUUGAUAAUUGUUGUCGCAAUGAUUGGAAAGUCAGCGAUAUCUGGUGGUUGGGCAGCAACACAGGUGUUUUCUGCCGAAACUUUCCCGACAGUAGUCAGGAAUAUAGGUAUAGGGACAUGUGCCAUGUCGGCUAGGAUUGGAGGAAUCGCCGCACCACAGAUUGUACGAUUGAGUAAAGGUUCAGUAGAUGUUUUGCCAUUUGCUGUGUUUGGGACACUGGCUCUGUUGUGUGGGUUCCUUAUGUUGUGUCUCCCAGAAACCAAUAAACAACCUCUGAAGGACCACAUCAUGACUGUUCCAGAGUCAGAUAGCAAGGUGUUGGCAAGAUUCCAGCUCCACAAGAGUAAGCCUAUAUCCCUUAGCUUUGCUCUCCCUUUGCUCUGCCUUUGCUCUGCCUCGGGGAAUAGGCUUGCUUUUAGGGACUUGGAAUCUGGCUGACUCCCUCAUUUGCUCUAUAUGUACAUCUUACUCAUACUAAAACUGUUAUAAAAUCAUUUUCAUACUCAAAUGGAGUACAUGCUCAAGAUUUUUCGAGUUAGCUUCGGAGCUUGCUCAGAGCUGUACUCAAAACAAACAUGGCUGAGUUUAAGUAUGAAUACAGUAAAAGUUUUAUAACCUACAGGCUGGGAAUCUUGCAUUGACUCCCUCAGUGAUAUAUGUAUACUGUUUUAUUAUACCUAUAUGAUUAUAUAUAAACUGGUAAUUAGAUAUAUUAUCAGAAGAAAAGUUGAAAUUAAUACAUUCAAAAUCGGGACACACUCCUCAUGAUUAAAAGUUUACCAAUUCAGAAUACAUUUAUGUAAAUGUUGAUAAAUUCGUUUAGACUUGAAUAUUCGAUUUUCAUAUGAAAGUGUAAUAUUUUUAUGAAAAAUUUUAAGGAAAUGUGGUUAGUCAAUAAGCAAACUAAUGUAGAAAACAAAUUAAGAUUUAGAUGAAAUGUUGAUUCCUUUAAAUAGUCUUCUAAAUAACAUUUUAAAACACUUUGAACCAGCUAAGUAUUUAGGUCACCUGAAUUUACUCAGUUGACCUAUUGCAAUUGGUUGUUGUGCGUUAACAAUUGAACAUUUUUAACUUCUCGAUAACUACCAGUCCAAUUCUUUUCAUAUUUGGCAUGAAGCAUCUUUAGGACAAGGAGGACAUAAAUUGUAAAUUUCAGGACUCCAGCACCCCUGGGGCCCUAGGGCGGGGCAAAAACUGCACAAAAUUGACCAAUUUUCAAAAAUCUUUUUCUCAAGAUCUGCACACGUGUAAGAAAAACUAAAUGCAUAGUGAUAUAGAGCAGGAAGGCCUCUACCAAAAUUGUAACUUUCAUGAUCCCCGGGGUAGGGGUUCUGACCCCAGGGUGGGGCCAAACUUGGUAUAUAGUGUUUUUGUGUAAAACACUUAAAUAUUAAACAUCUUCUUUAGUGCUAUUGAUACUAAAUUGAAACUAAAUAGAUAUUUAGAAAGAACAGGUAGUCCUUUACUAAAAUUGUAAAUUUGAUGAUCUCAGGGGUAGGGGUUUUGGUAUCAGGGUGGGUAGAAAAUUGUCAGUUAUUAAAUGUGAGAACAAUAGACAUUUUUAACUUCUUCUUGAUAACUAUCAAUCCAAUUCUUUUCAAAUUUUGUAUGAAGUGUCUUCGGAAGAAGGGGGACAUAAAUUGUAAAUUUCAGGAUUCCUGCACCCCUGGGGCUUUAGGGGCGGGACAACAACUGCCCAAAAUUGACCAAUUUUCAAAAUGUUGUACUCUACAACUGCACGUUUAAGAAAAACUAAAUGCAUAGUGAUGUAGAGCAGGAAAUCCUCUACCAAAAUUUCAUGAUCCCUGGGGUAGGGGUUCUGACCCCAGGGUGGGCCCAAACUUACUAUAUAGUGUUUAUAUGUAAAACACUUAGAUAACAUCUUCUUUAGUGUUAUUGAUACUAAAUUGAAACUAAAUGGAUAUUUAGAAAGAGCAGGUAGUCCUUUACCAAAAUUAUAAAUUUGAUGAUCCCCGGUAUAGGGGUUCUGACCCCAGGGUGGGGCCAAACUUUGUAUACAGUAUUUAUCUGUAACUUUGCUGAUAUUGUAUAAAAUCUAAAUGCAUACUUACGAAUAGCAGAAAAGGAUGUAUAAAAAAUGGUAAUUUUACAACCCAGGGUUUUGACUCUAGAAUGGGUCCAAAUUAGUCCUAUCUUCUAAUGUUAAUACACCUAUCAUAUUAUUUAUAGCCUGUCAUCAGUGUAUGCACUUUUUUUGGAGGGCAUUGAAGUUUUAAGAACACAUCUUGUUUUAUACUGUUGCUGAACAUUGGAAUUUAGCUUAGAUAUUCAGAACAGGAAAUUUUUUUCUAGAUUUCGUAGCCCAUGGAAGUAGUGAUACUUUUUCACUAGUAAUCAGGUGACCGAUAAGGCCUGUGGGCCUCUUCUUAUAAAACUGAUAAAAUCAAAAUGAUAUAGUUGAUGUAGGAAAGGGUUGAUGAAUGUGAGAAAUGGCAUAUGAUUGUAUGAUAUACUCCAUCAUGAAUGAUACAAAAGACAAAAUGUGAUACCAUAUCAAAUUGGAAAAUCGCCGCUCAGCCAUUCAUGAACUUUAGAUGCUGGUCUUGGAUAAAAUUCGGUACCCAGAUAAAUAAAGCAUAUGAAUAAGUUGAUAGCAUGUGAACAAGUGAAUAGUUUCCAUUACAGGCUCACAAAAUUCAUCCACCACAGGUAGUUCAAAACAAUCAGAUUGUCAGUGCCUGAGUUUGUGAACUUGUUUAAAUGAUGAUUUGACUUUAACACUGGACUUUUUGUGAGAGAUUAUCGAGACAUGGUCUUGUUUUGAUGUCAGUAACUGUUAAUUAACACAUGCAGUAGAUUGUUUGUAGAUAUUCUAAGAGUUGUGUAUGAAGUAUUAUUAGUUUAGUUAGAUCUAUGAUUUUUUGGUGUUGCAUGACAAAGGUAUUUAGCCUACAGAAGAAAAAAAAAUUGUAUAUUGAUCAUUGUAGGAUAACCUUGUGUGGGAGAAAAUCUACGAGAUUGUAUCGAGCCUUGUCAUCCAUCAUAACAUUUUAAUACAUUUUAUCCUUCAUAUCUACGUUAAUGUCUUCAUAUUAUUAUUUUUAUAUAUUUAUUUCAAUAUAUGUUUGUUUUCUGAGAAAAAAUUGUUUUUAAAGUAAAUUUCAGGUUUGAUCUCUUUCCAA